AUGGAUAUACUUCCUGGAUUAUGGACUAAACCCCAUCAACACCCCACCGAUGACAGCUCCAUCUCCAAGAUCUCCAAGACUGAGUCUCACCACCACCCCACCAAUGACAGCUCCAUCUCCAAGAUCUCCAAGACUGAGUCUCACCACCACCCCACCGAUGACAGCUCCAUCUCCAAGAUCUCCAAGACUGAGUCUCACCACCACCCCACCGAUGGCAGCGAUAUUUCCAAGACUGAGCCUCACCUCUACCCCAAGAGAAGGACCUCCUCCCCCUUCAGCAGGUCCUCCAGCAGGUCCCCCACCCCAUCCAUCAUGACGUCCCCAAAGCUGUGGCAGAAAACCUCCAUCUCCAGACUGGCAGAGGAGUUCUUUUGGAUUGGUGGAAGCGUCGUAGCACAACCCAAAUGGAGACUGGGUCAAUAUGUGUGUGUGUGCCUUCCUCCCUGCGGCCUGUCUGCAGUGGAGAGGUGUAUGUGCACCAUGCAGACUGGCACCCAGAUGACCAAACUGAAAGGGAAGAAGAAGGGCCUGGUCAGGUUCUUCUACCUGGAUGAACACAAGUCCUGCAUCCGCUGGAGGCCCUCCAGGAAGCACGAUAAAGCUAAAAUAACCAUUGACUCCAUCCACGAGGUGUGUGAGGGCAAGAAGUCUGAGAUCUUCCAGCGCUACGCAGACAGCUGCUUCGACCCCAACUGCUGCUUCAGUAUUUACCAUGGCGACCACGUGGAGUCUCUUGACCUGGUCACCACUAACGGAGAUGAGGCCCGUACCUGGAUUACUGGCCUGAAAUACCUCAUGGCUGGCAUCAGUGACGAGGACAGUCUGGCAAAGAGACAACGCAAAAGGGACCAAUGGUUACAGCAGACCUUCUCAGAGGCAGACAAAAACGGGGACGGCAAUUUGAGCCUGGGAGAGGUUCUUCAGUUACUCCACAAACUCAAUGUGAACCUGCCCAGGCAGAAAGUCAGAGAGAUGUUUAAGAAAGCAGACACAGAUGACAACCAGGGUUCGUUAGCUUUUGAAGAAUUCUGUACCUUCUAUAAGAUGAUGUCUACACGCAGAGGCCUCUAUCUCAUCAUGCUCUCCUACAGUAAUAACAAAGAGUUCAUGGACCUGAAUGACCUGGUCCGUUUCAUGGAAAAUGAACAGAAGAUGGCGGGUGUAACCAGAGAAUAUUGUCUGGAGAUAGUCAGCCAGUUUGAGCCAUGUUCUCAAAACCUACAGAAUAUGGUUCUGGGCAUCGAUGGUUUCACCAAUUACAUGCGAAGUCCAGCAGGAGACAUCUUUAAACCAGACCACCAUCAUGUGCACCAGGACAUGACUCAGCCCCUGUGUAACUACUUCAUAGCCUCGUCCCACAACACCUACCUGACAGGGGACCAGCUUCUGUCUGAGUCCAGGGUAGACAUGUACGCCUAUGUGCUCCAGGCUGGCUGUCGCUGUGUGGAAGUGGACUGCUGGGAUGGACCAGACGGGGAGCCUAUCGUCCAUCAUGGCUACACCCUGACAUCCAAGAUCCUCUUCAAAGACAUCAUUGAAACCAUUAACAAAUAUGCCUUCACAAAGAAUCAGUACCCAGUGAUCCUAUCCAUAGAGAACCAUUGCACAGUGCCCCAGCAGAAGAAGAUGGCUGAGUAUCUGUUGGAGGUGCUCCAGGAUAAGGUGGACCUUUCUACGGUCAACAUGAAUGAAUUCAGAAAGUUGCCCUCCCCAGAGCUCCUGAAAGGGAAAGUUUUAGUCAAGGGAAAGAAGCUUCCAGCGAACAUUGAUGAUGAUGCAGAGGAGGGGGAUGUGUCGGAUGAAGACAGUGAGGAAGAGGAGGACGAAGAUGACACCCAGAUAAACACAGAUAGGAAAAAGAAGAAGAAAAAGAAGCUAAUGCUUAAUUUAGACCAUGCAGACCAAGAGAACCCCAUCAUGAGAGACAAAACACACAUUGUGUACCACAACAAGAAAGGGAAGACGAUGAGGUUAUCCCGAGCGCUGUCUGACCUCGUCAAGUACACCAAGUCUGUCCGGGUCCAUGACAUUGAAACACAAGGUGGGGAUUGGCAAGUGUCUUCCCUCAAUGAAAGCAUUGUGAACCAGAUCAUGGCUCUGAAGCCAGCUCAGUUGGUGCGAUUAAACCAGAGGCAGCUACUACGUGUUUACCCCUCCAACUACCGUGUGGACUCUAGCAACUUCAACCCACAGCCCUUUUGGAACGCAGGAUGCCAUAUGGUUGCACUGAAUUACCAAACAGAGGGCCGCAUGCUUGAACUGAACAGAGCCAAGUUCUCAACCAAUGGCAACUGUGGAUACUUACUGAAGCCCAGGUGCAUGAAUAAAGGUUUCUUUAACCCUACGCUGGAGGACCCUCUGCCGGGACAGAGUAAGACUCAAUUGGUACUGAAGAUUAUCAGUGGGCAGCAGCUUCCAAAACCCAAAGACUCAAUGCUGGGGGAUAGAGGGGAGAUUAUUGAUCCUUUUGUAGAGGUGGAGAUCAUCGGUCUGCCUAUUGAUUGCUGUAAGCAGCAGACGCGGGUGGUGGAUGAUAAUGGCUUCAAUCCCAUGUGGGAGGAGAGCUUGGUCUUCACCCUCCACAUGACCCAGAUUGCACUGGUGCGUUUCCAGGUGUGGGACCAUGAUCCGAUAGGACAAAACUUCAUUGGACAGAGGACCAUAGCAUUCGUCAGCAUGAUGCCAGGUUAUCGCCAUGUCUAUCUUGAGGGCAUGGAGGAGGCCUCCAUCUUUGUUCAUGUUGCUGUAAAUGACAUCACAGGAAAGGUUAAGCCAAGUAAUGCUGUAAAGGGUUUUUUGAAAAAAGCUACGAAGAAAGGGUCAGCCAAGGAGCCAAAGACGGUCUCUAUGCACCUCUCCACUUACUCAUCAGAGGACGUCCGUCAGCGGUACCGCAAGGACCUGGACUCCUACUCCCAGGAGAACAGCGGGAACGGCAGCAUGUUAGUGACGCCUGCAGGCAUAGACUACCUCCAUAGAGGGACUCAGAGCGAACCACUGAAGCGAGCUCACACGGUGCAAAUUCUGGAGGAGGAAAUCCAGGGUGCUUCUCCAAAGGAGGAGAAAAAGAAGGAGGGGAAAAGGAAGGGCAUCCUUGUCCGCGUGUCCUCCACCUUCUCCAACUCUGGGGCGUCCAUCCCGUGCAUCACAGCAACAAGCCCUGACCUGGAGGGCAUGUUUCAGUCGUCUCAGCCACAGAGUCCAGAACCAGAGAGACAAAUGCAGUCGUUUCAGGCAGCCUGGCCAGAUCUGGAAGACCAGGUUCAGUCUUUCCAUGCACACUGGCCGGGCCAGAACAACUCGGGUCGGUCAUUUGAGCCUGAGUGGCCAGACCCACCUGUGAUUGAGGACAUAGCAGGAGAACCACUGAGAAAGCUUAACAGUAAGCCUGCACUCCAAAUUGUAUCAGAACAUCUGAACCAGCCCCAACCCCAGCUCCAUCCGCAGCCCCAGUCCCAACCCCAGCCCCAGUCUCAUCCUGAGGUCAUUCUCCGGAACCGACACCCACCAUCCUCCCCUGUCAGAGUUAGACGGACCCUGGAGACCCCAGCCAGCCAACGCCCCUCCAACACGUCACGGACAAAGGCCCGCUCUCGCAGUGUUCCACGAAAGCAGCAUACCUCCCCCAUCACCCCGGUAGUUAACCGCAGGGCUGCUGUGCACUGGCAGCCUCAGACUCCUUCCCCUCCCCCCCAGAACCAUUGCCGCUAUGGCCACCAGCCUAUACCCAACGGCCUCUACCUGUCUGACAGUGACUCCAGCAGUGGUGGCAGUAUAGACAGUCUAAGUCUGGAGCUCCUGCCCUCGCGUGUGCCAGUCAGUGGGCAGAGGGAAGUGGGCACCCUGCAGAGAGAGAUGAAUGCCCUCUUUGACCAAAAGAUGAAGGAGAUUCGCUAUUACUCUACGCUAUAG